GCACACUGAUAAGAUCAGACAGCUUGCACUUCUUCGCUGUCAUCUGAACUCAACAUCCGUUGCCUUUACUCUGGUCCCAGCAAGAUGCCAGCAGCCCUUGCAGAGAACAGCCAGGUUAUCUGUGAAGUAUGGGCCAACAACCUGGAAGAAGAGAUGAGGAAGAUUCGAGAGAUUGUUCUAAGUUACAGCUACAUUGCAAUGGACACAGAGUUUCCUGGAGUAGUCGUAAGGCCGAUCGGUGAAUUCCGCAGUUCCAUAGACUAUCAGUAUCAGCUCCUGCGGUGUAACGUUGACCUUCUGAAAAUCAUCCAGCUGGGCCUGACUUUCACAAAUGAGAAAGGAGAAUAUCCGUCCGGCAUCAACACCUGGCAGUUUAACUUUAAAUUCAACCUCACGGAGGACAUGUACUCUCAGGAUUCCAUAGACCUCCUUGCCAGCUCUGGGCUGCAGUUCCAGAAGCAUGAAGAAGAAGGGAUUGAUACCCUGCAUUUUGCCGAGUUGCUGAUGACAUCUGGAGUCGUCCUUAGUGACAGUGUGAAAUGGCUGUCCUUCCACAGUGGUUAUGACUUUGGCUACAUGGUGAAGCUGUUGACGGAUUCUAGGUUACCAGAAGAGGAACAUGAAUUUUUCCAUAUCUUGAACCUUUUCUUCCCAUCUAUCUAUGAUGUAAAGUACUUAAUGAAGAGCUGCAAAAACCUCAAGGGUGGCCUUCAAGAAGUGGCAGAUCAGCUGGAUUUGCAGCGAAUUGGACGACAACACCAGGCAGGAUCAGACUCUCUUCUCACAGGAAUGGCAUUCUUCAGAAUGAAAGAGUUGUUGUUUGAGGAUACAAUUGAUGAUGCAAAGUAUUGUGGGCGGCUGUAUGGCCUUGGCACAGGAGUGGCUCAGAAACAAAACGAAGAUGUGGACUCGGCCCAAGAGAAAAUGAGCAUUUUGGCUAUUAUCAACAACAUGCAGCCAUGAUAAACGGUACCUCUCAGCAGAAGGCGGUUACCAUAUUGGCAGCUGCUGUCCUCAGCCAUUUUCCCUAAUAGUGUCUCAAACUAAAGGCAUCUACAGCAUACAGCCUGCAGUUUUGCUGAAGAGCUGCAUCUUCAUUUGAAACCUGGAAGAGAGUUGACUGGAUUCCUAAUGCCAGCAUUUGUGGUUUGCCAUCUUUUUAAUACCAAGGGCAAAAGACACGACCUACUGUGUAUACCUCUGUUUUUUUCUUCUUUAUACUGUACAGAAUCUGCAAGGAAGACUUAAUGGGAGAAUAUUCAGUAGAGCUAAGGGUCUGGACACCCAGUGAAAACGGACACAGACAUGCACACAAAUUUGCAAAUUGUGCUUUAUAAAGCUUAUUUUAAAACUUCUGCAUGUUGUGAGGGUGACUGCUUCACCUCAUGUUUUGCUUAUUUUAUCUUUGUGUAGUCUGUGGAAAUUGCUCCCUUUGAUCACUGCAGAGGUUUGGGAACAGAUGACAUUAAAAAUGAUC